AUGCCACGAACGAGGACGAAAUUCAUCUGGCCUCCGCCAAACCUGGCCAGGGAUCCCGCCACCAAUACCGCUGGCGCUUCUCCUGCCGAACCACGCCCCAAAAAACCAAAAUUGGAAGAGCAACAAUCAUCGUCACAAAAUACUCCCAACGACUUUGGCCAUUCAACACGCGAACAUAUGGACUCUCCAGCUCUCAGCGAUGGAAGGGUGGAAGACCUCAUAGAGAAGGUUACAUGGGAUCCAGCGUCGGGUGUUGCGCGUCCGUCGCUUGAAGUCUUGGUCGAUGCAUAUUCGAAAAUCCCUAUUGAGUCGCAAAUAAAGUCGUAUCAGAACUGGCGACGUCAUGGCUCUGUCCACGACGAUUAUUGCAUGACGUGCAAUCGCCCUCGAACGCAAUCUCUUGUCCCUUGUUACACAUGCCGGCGAUCGUUUCAUGAUGACUGUAUGCCGGCAGGGUCGCUGUAUAAUGAGCAACGCCAGUGGUUUUGUCUUGUCUGUGUCCAGCGUAAUUGGCAUGUGGAACCGCCAACAGUAACGCCGCCAGCGUCACCUCCAAGCUCACAAAAUAUUUUAACAACAGGAAAUGCGGACUACCAGGUUAGUCAUUCGUCGGGGACGCCGACAAAUGACACUACCGCAGAAGAUUCACAAGCCAUUUCUAUUCUGGCUGGAAUAUCGAGAUCGGUGUCUUCACAACCUCAUCCACCUACUUCUACUGCUCUGAACUAUAUCCGUAACUCAUCGCCAUACACCUCGUCCUCCUCGACUCCAAAACCAGCGCCUCGCUCCGGAUCGCUUUCCACAACACGCCGCAAUGAUCUGCCCAUGCCAUCUACUUCAACAAACCAAAGUUUCUCCAUGCUCGAUUCACACGCGCGCAAAUCCCGAUUUGCGACUCUUUCUUCUGAAGUCGAUUCUGCCCUGUGGGUUCUGUAUCGCGAACUCGAGAGCGCAACAUCUCUGCGCCAACGCAUUGACGAGUUGGAAGCCGAGGUGGUGAAACUUCGCCAGGACGUGCGGAUCAGAGAUAAUCAAAUCAAACUAUCGCAACGAUCCGCGCAAGCCGUCCAACCAGUCAAUGUUUCGCAAGCAGAGGUAACCCAACUCCGAGAACAGGCAGCCAAGGGCGAGGCAGCGGCGCAUGAAAUCGACCGUCUGCGCGCACGAAAUGACACGUUGGAAAGGGAGUUGAGGGAUGCGCGGACGGAGUGUUCGUCAAAGGAUGAGACGUUGAAUGAAUGGAGAGGUCGAUUGGCGAGUCUUAUUGGUCCUUGA